UUGUGCGGGUGGGAGGCGUUCCUGCUCUCCUCCGCAUAUAUUAACCAGCACCAGUAGCGCAGAGCGAGACCAUCUCUCUCUCUCUCUCUCCCUCCCUCUCCCUCUCUCUCAGUCUCUUCUGUGCUUAAGCCAGACCUGUGACUCGGCAGGAUUACGACACGACCAGAGCUGCGGUAUCCCGGAGAUCGAUACCCCUAACGAUCAAGAGUUCCGGUGAGGAAAAUCACCAUGAGUGUGAACAUGAACGAACUGACGGACCUGCUGGACAUGUUGAGAGAGCAGAACUUCUCCUUCCUGGAGGAGAACGGCUCCCGAGUGGAGACAAUGGUGUGCCAAAGUGCCUUCAGCCACAAUGCCAUGCUCUACUCCCUCUCCAUCCUCUACGUGUUCAUCUUCAUCAUUGGCCUGGCCGCUAACACGCUGGUGGUGUGGGUGAACAUUCGCUCCAGCCGUGAGCGCCACGAGACACACUUGUACAUCCUCAACCUGGCCAUCGCUGACCUGUGUGUAGUGGCGACGCUGCCAAUAUCCAUCAGCUCACUUCUCCAGCAUGGCCACUGGCCAUUCGGUGAUGCCAUGUGUAAAAUCACACAUCUCAUCUUCAGUGUCAACCUCUUCAGCAGCAUCUUCUUUCUCACCUGCAUGAGUGUGGACCGCUAUCUCGCCGUGGCUCGUUUCGGUGAUUCCCCAGGACACAACAAGAGAAAAUGGAUAAGGCAGGUUGUCUGUGUGGGAAUAUGGGUGUUGGCACUGCUCGCUGCCCUGCCUGAUACUUACUUUCUCCAGGCGGUCAAGUCCACGCACUCAGAUAUAACCGUGUGCAAAUCUAUGUACCCAGCCGAGAAGUUGUACGAGUGGACUGUAGGUGUCCAACUGAGCUUCAUUGUCCUUGGUUUUGCCAUUCCCUUCCCUGUUAUUGCUGUGUUCUACGCCCUCUUGGCCAGGGUGAUCAGCUCCUCGGCGGACCAGGAGCGUCGUGCCAGCCGACGCCUCGUCUUCACCUACAUAGUGGUGUUUUUGGUGUGCUGGCUUCCCUACCAUGGCACGCUACUUCUGGACACUCUGGCACUGCUGAACGCACUGCCACUGAGCUGCACCCUGGAGAAUGCGCUGUAUGUGGGACUGCAUGUAACACAGUGCCUCUCGCUGCUACACUGCUGUGUCAACCCAGUCGUAUACAACUUCAUCAACCGCAACUACCGCUAUGACCUCAUGAAGGCCUUCAUCUUUAAGUACUCCACCAAAAGUGGCCUGGCCAAGCUAAUCGACGUGACACGAGCCUCUGAGACUGAAUACUCUGCUGUUGAGAGCCAGGGCCCUCUGUGAGGAAAUUUCCUGUGAAGAAAUUGCUAACUGACUUUGCUGUAAACUCUGCUGACCCUCUGUAUUGGGUUAAGAAACACAUAUGCUGCAGUUACAAAGAGACAGAUCUCUUAAACUGUAUCUCCUGAAACAGUAUAUGCUUUGUAAGGGACUAUAGAAUAUUGUAUUUGUUCAGGAUAUACUGUACAUCUCUAUAUACAAUAGAAUUGUAUUUUUUUUUGUAAAUUCAAAUGAUUUUGAGAGAUGUAAUGACAGAAGCACUUGUACUGAGUUGAAGGGUAAGCCAGUAAGCUUCGGUGUUGACUGGUCAAGCGUAUAAGGUCGUAGGGGUCAGUCAAAAUCUGCUCCCCCCAGAGGAGACGCUCAGAGAACACACAAAGCCUCAGGGCCCAUUUUGACCUCGGGGCUGACCCCGUCUCUGUUUAUCUGUACCUUUCGGCCACCUUUAGGCUGACUAUCGUGGCAUCACAAGUGUUUAGCCAAUGGACCAAGACGGAGUUAAUAAGGAGGGACACAAAAGAGCCAAAGCAUGGUGAGCGGAAGGGGACAAGUCCAAAAUCUCAUUAUGAGGCAUUGUCAAGGAAUGACUGAAUUGCUUGCAUGUGUUAUUGUAUAAAUCGAGUUGUAGAAACCAGAUAUACUUUUUUAGAUAGAUGUAUGCUUUGUAAAUACUAAGGAAUAUUUAUAUAUUCAUCAGUGUGUAUGUUCAGUGUUUUGACAAGUUAAAAUGUACUAUUGAAAUAAAAAAGGUAUUCCUGAAAAGCAAA